AUGGCACCAUUAAGACAAGACAGUUACUUCAUAAUAUAUCCAGGAUCCAAUAGGACUUUGGUUCAAUUUGGUAUUGGAGAAGAUACUUUGCAGCCGCCUUCGAUUUCUAUUCCAACAAAAGUUUACAGAGAUGCAAAUGGUAACUUUACAUCCUCUGUUACUGAUGUUGUUAUCUGUCCCAUUGUGAAGGGAAGCAUUGUCGAUAUUGAUGCGUUCCAAUAUUUUCUAAAGUUGAUCUAUAAAUCUGUGUUAAAACAGGAGAGUGACGAUAGUCCAAUCGCUUGGGAUACAGCUCUUUCUAAUAUUCCAUUUUUGUUAAUUUCGCAUUACUCUUGGACUCAAUUCCAACAAGAACUACUUUGCAGAACAGCUUUUGAAGCAAUGAAAUUGAAGCAUUUUGUUAUAUUACCUAGCUCGUUAGCUAAUUCAUUUGCCUAUGGCUCUUUGCAAAAUUGUUUGAUCAUCGAUAUUGGCAAGUUUCACACCGAUGUUGUACCAAUUAUGGACUAUACACCCUUAACCUGCUUCAUAAGACAGAUUACUUCCGGUGGAAACUCGAUAAAUAAGAAUCUACAGAGAGCUUUACCAAAUCUCACCGAGUCCCAAAUUGAGGAUUUAAAAAGGUCGGAUAUAUACGAAAUUUUGUCCCAAGAUAUCAUGGAUCAAUACGCUAUCGACAACGAAGAUGACGAAGAAGGUACUUUAGAUGUGGCUACAAUUGUUACUAGUGGGCGUGAUACUCGAGAAAUUCUAGAAGAGCGCGAACGAAACAAAAACAAAGAAAAACUGGACAACAGCAAAUUAGAGACAAAUGACUUCUUUGAUACUGAUGGUAAUCGUAUUACUGUAAGCAGGCAGAGAUUCACAGGCUAUGAAGAUCUGUUGAAGGAUGUCUCGAAAGCUGUAGGACAAGCAAUGAGCCAGAUUGAUGACAUAACCAAGCUUAAAGCAAUGUGGGAAAAUGUCAUUAUUGUUGGAGGGACAUCACAUAUAAAAGGGUUCAGGGAAGCUCUUCUAUCACAGCUGCUAAAAGACCAUAUAGUUAGUGAACCAGAAGAGGAACUGUAUAAAAGAGAGGUGGAUGCUGCGGCUAAAUUAGAUUCUAAACAGAAGAAAAUUGGGAAGGUUUCCACUGCUCCAAUCUUAAAUCAGAUUGAAUAUGUGCAGCCACCAACUACCAUCAUGACACCAAAGUUCCCUGAAUAUUUCUCGGAAUGGAAGAAGAUUGGUUUCGCUGAUAUUACCUUCUUAGGCGCCCAGAUCUUAACAAAGCAAGUGUUUGGGCAUUCUAACAAUUCAUUCUAUGUCACAAGGGAGAAGUAUGACGAACUAGGCCCAGAGGCCAUCUGGGAGGUUUCUUUCUAA